AGAAAGGAAGAGAGAGAAAGGUGGUAUUUCAGAUACCUCAGCGAUGGUUUUUAUUGCUUUCCUCUGAUUUUGAUACGUUCGAGAGCCCCAAAAAAUGGCGGAUAAAACCUUCCAAGUAAAAGCCUUAACUUCAUCUUCAACAGGGUUUUUGCAAAAAUUCUCCAUUCCUUCGCUUUGGCACUGUUUCUUAUGAGAUUACUUUUAUGCAUUUUUGAGUUUUGAGCUCGUUGUCUUCUUCGAUGGUUUUCGUCCAAAACCAGCGAGCAGAUCCUAAAAAAUAAACAAUAAUGGUCCUGGAUAAGGCGAUGGAAGAGGAGUAAUUAUUGUAGAAAGAGAGAGAUAGAGAGCAUUUGAUGGCUAAUUCUGCUUCAGACUCCUACUUACAAGCUGGCUCAUUGGGCAAACAUUUGAGCAGUUCUCUGUUCAGUAUUCCUGGAUUUUUUGCCGGGUUUGGGUCAAGAGGUUCGGUAGACUGUGAUUCACUUAGAAGUCCUACGUCUCCUUUGGAUUUCAGGCUUUUUUCCAAUCUAAGCAACCCAUUUGGUUUUAAAUCCAUAUCAUCAGCUGAAGCUGAAAGUGGUCGUCAAAAUAAGUUUGUUUCUAGUGACAUAGGUCUUGGCAUCAUAAAUUCUAUUGCUGUUGAUAACUGUGGACCGACCAGUGAAGCCCCCGAUUCGAACCCGAGGAAGAAUGUAAUUUUUGGACCACAAAUCAAAACUAAGAUCUUUAAAUCGUCAAGCCAUUAUAUCAAAUCUUUGGGUUCUUCUUGGAAAUAUUAUUCUUUGCCAAGCAAUUAUACAAUCUCGUCACUUUCCAAAACCAAAGUUCCAAGCUCCUCUGGAGCCAUAAAUGGUGACUCUGCCAAUGGAGAAUUUUCUGCUUUAGAAUCUGAACCCUUCGAACAUAAUGCUGGCAGCUUUUCCUCCUCUGCUAUUGUUGACUUGACUCAAACUUCUGAUCCAAGUGCUGAAUUUUUUCCUUUGAUUAACAAUGGCCCUCAAGGGGAAAAGUCAUUGCCCAUCAAAUCCUGUUCCUUGCCAAUAACCAUUGGAAACGAUUCACAUAUAGGCUCUCUUUCUGCUAGAGAAAUAGAACUUUCUGAAGACUAUACUUGCAUUAUUUCUCAUGGUCCAAACCCAAAGACGACGCGCAUUUUUGGUGACUGUAUUUUGGAAUGUCAGAUGGAUGAAAAUGUCGAUUCCGGUAGGACAGAUUCAGAAGAACCUGGGAUCAAAUCAUCUCCGUUGGGAAGUUGCUCAGAAGGUUUGAGCUAUGAAGCUGCUGGGAAUGCGAGUUUGCAAAUCUGUCACUCGUGCAAGAAAGUUUUGAAAGAAGAGCAUGAUAUUCAUUUAUGGAGGGAUGGCAAGGCUUUCUGCAGUUCUCGAUGCAGCUCUCAGGAGAUUAUCGCAGAAGAUAAAAUCGAGAAGGGUUUGGAAGAUGGCAGCGAUAGCUCUGCAGCGUCGAGCUACCAUGAAGAUCUCUUCAUCAUGGGUCUCCCCUUUGCUUUAUGACAAUGAGUUAUAGUUUGUUUUCGCACCCUCCCACAGACGUAUUCAAUGAGGCGAAACGACAGGAAGAGGAGGAUCAUCUGUUUAGCAAGAGCUGUCUGUGUAAAUCAAUGAGUCUGCAGCCAUGGAUGAUCGCAGAGCUUACAGUUUGAAUUUAUUUUUUUAUCCAUUUUGUGGUUUCAUGGUGUUGGCGAGAAAGAUGAGAGUUUUUGGUUGUUUAUUGAAGAUUUUGAUCCGAUUUGGUUAAUCCUGGAGAUCAUUUUGGUGUUGUAUCUCAAAGGCUUUUUUGUUAAGUAGAAUAAAAGAUUGUUUUGAAGAGAUGUUUAA